AUGGAUAAAAGUCACAAAAUAUUCUUAUUAAAAAAUCGUUUAGAAUUUGUUAAAGAUCUGGAACCGAAUGAUGUAACAGGUUUUUUGUAUCAAGAACAUGUUAUAUCGGAAAAUGAUAAAGACGUUAUUGACAACUUAAAAACGCGACGAGAUAGGGUUGAAUUUUUAAUGGAUCUACUGCCAAGAAAAGGCCCUAAAGUUUUGCCAAAGUUUUAUAAUAUUCUUAAUAUGCUCCCAUCCUACAAGCAUUUGGCUCAAUUAAUUGCGAAGCAAGUUAAUUUUGAGAGUGCCAAUCUUGAUAUUAUUGAUGGUAAACAAGAAGAAGUUGCAGUUCGUCCACGAAGUUCGUCCCAGCUCUUAUCUUCUAUGUUAGAUUCCUAUUCAAUGACGUCAACAUCCCGAGGCUGGUGCUUUAUAUUAAACAAUGUUAAUUUUUCAUAUAUGUCCUCCAGAAGGGGUUCCGAGAGAGAUGCGGAAAACUUAAAGCUAUUGUUUGAAAAGCUCGGGUUUAAAAUAUGGGUUGUUAAUGACGCUGAUGCAGCGAGUUUUUCUGAAAAAUUUACUGAAUUAGCAAAAAAACCUGACCACGGGUGUUGUUUAAUAGUUUGUUUGCUUAGUCAUGGGGUAGCUGGUAAAAUAUAUGGUACAGAUGGUGAAUUAGUGGCAGUAUCAGAGUUGCUAGAAAUUUUAAGUGAAGGGACAGAGAAGGUGAAAAGUAUACCCAAAUUAUUUUUAAUACAAGCUUGUCGAGUUGUUGAAAAACUAGAUGCUAUCGAUUCUGGACUGAGUCCAAGCAAGAAAUUUACUUUACCAAAAAGUGGUAUGACUGAAGUUGUAUCGAUACGAUCUGAUCGUUUCGUAUCGAUACGAUCUGAUAUACCUUUUGAUCGUUCUCAAACGCAAAAAACAUACUCAAUGGACAGUCUAACUUCUUUUAUAAAUGAGCACGAAAAACCAUUGCAAAGCGAUAUAUUGUUAGGAUAUUCUACUUUUCCGGGAGAUGUCUCUUGGAGGCAUACAAAAAACGGAUCGUAUUUUAUUGAUAGUGUUGUAAGCGUCUUUAGUAAUUAUGCAGCAACGGAAGAUGUUGCGAGCAUGAUGGUUAAAGUGAAUCAACUUGUCAAAGAGAAACUUGCUAAAAAUGGAGAAUUUCAAAUUCCUGCCCCGGUAAUUACAUUAACAAAGAAGCUUUUUUUAUUUCCGAUUUGA